GCGUACCUUGCAUUCCAUCGAAACUUUAUGACGUAGCUGCAUAGAGUGCGCCACACAAAUCGUCGCCAUCUUGGAAAAUAAAAAAGUGCGCAUCUAGAGGCCUACGUUAUGUCCGGGUUUGCCAAACUUGUUUUCCAUUGAUGUAUGAUGAUUUUACGUCCAUGCACCUGUUGAUUCACUUUGUGCUGCCCGCUAGUUGAUUAAGAUUCUGGAAGUCAUGUUGACAUGUCAGUUCAGAGAGGUGGCAUCGAGGUUUUCGUAGAAAAACGGCCAACUUUUCCAGAAGAGGAGCGUUUGACAAGUAGCCUUCACAUGGCCCGUGCUACUUUUACUACAGUUGUGACCCACUUAAUUGUUUUACGGCUUAAUGUACCAACACCGCGUGCAUUAUUUGCCUGAACGUGCUGAUGUUAUGUUAUUGAGAGGACAGUGUCACCUGCCUAUCCUGUCUAUUGGGUGAUGCCAGGCUGUAUCCCAAAAGGAUAACAUGUCCAAUAAGAAACCAGCCUACAUCAACAAAGCCCCUCCACCCCCUGUUGAUGUGGUGGGCGCACCAGCACCAGCACCUCCCCGUUAUCAACCACCACCUCAAGUUACUGGACCCAGCACAGGCCCUGGCCAUGGACCUGGCAUCUUGAAACAUUAUCAACCUCAGCCACCACCACCAGCUCAACCAUCACCGCUUCCACAGCCACCUCCUCCGCUUUCAAAGGAUGCUGUCAAGACUAAUCAUAUUGAAGGUCCUCCUAAGCAAACCCUUAUGAGGGCACCUUCAUACCCUCACCCUCCUCAAUAUCCUGCACCACCUGCUGUGUCUGGAAGAAGACCAAACCCAAUUGUUGGUUUGCCUGCACCUCAACGUCCAAAUGACGAAGAACUGCUGCGGCUUGGUCCUGUUGAAAUGCUUAAAUUUGUUCGCAAAUCAGAGGGUGAGGCUGCUCGUGCAGCUGCGGAACAGGGCCAAGCUGCGCGUGAAGCUGCCAGAGUUGCUGCUGAGCAGGGUCAAGCAGCAAGAGAUGCUGGACGACAUAUGCAAGGCCUAGCCACAGAAGUUCGAGCUCUGAAAGAAGCAAACCAACGACUGAGUGAUGACAACCAGGAACUAAGAGAUCUUUGCUGUUUCCUUGAUGAUGAUCGUCAAAAGGGAAGAAAACUUGCUAGGGAAUGGCAAAGAUUUGGGCGAUAUACAGCAAGUGUUAUGAGACAAGAAGUGUCAGCUUAUCAAAAUAAGCUCAGAGAAUUAGACACUAAACAACAUGAACUUAUUAAAGAUAAUUUGGAGUUGAAGGAACUUUGCCUGUACCUUGAUGAAGAACGUAACCAAAAUCAAGUCUGUCCACACUGUGGUACUGGCUUGAGGCCAUCUCAAGCUCAACGUGAUGAUGGUGAUGGUAGCAGUUCUAGCACAAAUGCUGAUGAGCCAGCCAUACCGUCACAAUUUGUCACUCCUAACCCGGGUCAACCAUUUGGAACAACAUCUGGAGGUUCAUCUGCAAAUAAUGUUUCAUAUACUGGGCCAAGCACUCCUACCUCCCAUGGUAUGAAUGUAAGAAGAUCAGAAAGCAGAGAAAGGUUGCUUGAAGAAAGCAUUCAGCGUCAGAGGACAGUUUUUAAUGAUCAAAUGAUGCAGUAUGUUCGUAGCCUUGAACAAAGGGUCAAAACUUUAGAAGAAGAAAAACGAGUAUUGUGUCAGAAACUUUGCGGUGCUGGUAUCAAUCCAGAACAAGAACGUCCACCUGGCUGGGAUUUAGUUGACCCUAGCUCCCGACCUGAGGCUGUUGUUCAGGCUCUGCAAGUUUUAGAAGUUCGGGAGCAAGUAGAGCGCGCUGCUCCUCCGGGCACUCCUACCAUCAGCAGCUCUGUGUCAUCUGUGUCUAAUGGAGUAGAAGGUCCCAUUCUUGAUAUGGAUGAUGGAGAAAAAGCCCUUGUAAGAGAAAUGUGCAAUGUGGUGUGGCGAAAAUUGGAGGAAGGACCUGCAGUAAGAAGAUAAUUGGCCCUCUAUUUUUUUUGGGUGAGAACAAAUAUUAAGUAUUGCCCCGAACAAGGAAGAUAUGUAGCGCCAUAUCAUGACCAUUAAUAAGUUUUGUACAGAAGAAUACAAAUUUAGAAUGUAUCAUUACAUUGGACUUUUGUUUGUUUAUUUUGGUUGUUGUUAAAUGUGCCUCGACAGUACUUUGCUACUGUUUUUUAUUAUACUUAGUUUAAUAUGUUACUGUGACUUUCUCUGUAGUGGUGAAUGAAGUAGGCCAAAGAUAACACUUGCAUCCUUUUCUCAAAUUUUCUUUUCUUUUAUUUUUUUUUUUUAUUUAAAAGAUGAUCCCAGAUCAGUAAGUAAAUUAAACUUUUAACAGAUAUUUUGAAGAGAAAUAACCCAAUUCUGGAUAUUUUACACUGUUGUUCUUUUGCAUAUUAUCUUUUGUCUUCUUUUGCUCUUGCAUGUCCUAUUAUGGUGUACAAAUUGGUUUGUACAUAAGUCAACUUUGAUAAUAAUGUCUUUGUUCUGAUUCAUUUUUCACUAUUGAAGGAGUUGUUUAUGUACAAAUGGUGGAAGUGUUGUGUAAGUGAGGUGAACUUCCAGAUGUGAAGCUAUAGAGCUUACAUUUUGUCUUUGGUUAGGGGCAAAAAUCAAGCUUUAUGACUGGGAUCUCACUUUUUUUUUGCGUGUCUGUGGCUGCAUGCAAUAAACAUGUAAAUGUGAAGGUAAAUAUGUGCUUCUGAUUUGUAGUUAUAUAUUUGUAAAGCAAAGGCAAAGUAUUCUUGAUACUAUUUCCUUUUCAUAAAAAAUUAGUUGUUUUGUAAAUUUUUGUAUCUUAUUUGUUGGCAUAUGUUGUAUAUUUUUUAUAUGCAUUGUUGGCUAUUUUAUAGCCCACUCAUAUUAACAACUAAGUGAUGUACUGCAUAUUGUAUUCGCUUAGUGUGUUUGUUGUUUUAUGUUAUGGAAUGUACCUUACAUUUUGUUGUUCUUGAAAUAUUUAUUCUUUGCUUGUAGUUAGUACAAGAUGGUAUUUAUUCCCUUCUUCUUGCCAUAGUUUAAUUUUUUUUUUACUGAGGUACAGUAUUUUUAAUUUUUAAGAACGCUGUUUAAGACAAAAUGUUUUUACUCUCUUAUUGGAGAGGAUGUGAAUUGUUUAUGUAGUGUUCUUGCCAACAAAUUCUUUCUUCUAGAUAUUUACUAAACAGUAUGAAUCAUCUUAGUUUUACCUUUUUUGUUGUGUCAGGUUGAAAUUCAUUUUCAUAGCAAUUAAUCCAAACAACUCAAAUUUUUCCUGCAGAUAAGUGUUUAGUGUGUCAAGUUUUGGACAACUUCUGAACUUGUGCGCUAAAGAACCACAGGUUCACCUUUUUUCCUCCAUACUUGAAUUUAAAUGUUCUGUUGUGAUACAUUUGUGCCAAUACUCAUGAAUUACCACCGACUUUCUUACCAUCUUACUUUAUUGCAACAAGCACUGUAUGUAUUUUUUGUGGCAACUGGAGGACCCUGAACUUUGCUAGCCACCUCAAAGUAAACAUUUAUUCUAGUUUUUAUUAUUUAACAGGAUUUUUUUCUGUUCCAUGCAAUCUUUAAGGUUUUGCAUCAGAGUGAAAUGUCAUAUGAUCAACUCACUUAUACAUGGCAUAGAAGUACAGUACAAAUAUUCUUAGAGCGAGGAGAAAUAUUCUCUAUAUCCUAAUUUUAUGACAAGCAUUGAAGACCCAAUAGUAGUUUUUGGCAAGUUCUGGCAGACUAUUUUCACACUGAAUUGUUGUUCCAGGUAAAACAAAUUCUUGAUCAUUAAAAAAAGUUAAAAAAUAAUAAUUGUUUCUUGAUGUUGAUAGUAGCUCUGACUCUUUCUAUCCCUCAUACCGGGUCAUGAAAGAAAGAAACAAAGCUACUAUACAUUAAGACUUGCAUUUUUACCAGGUUGUUGUUUCACGUAGAGUUAAUAGUUAAUUGGUAAACUGUGCAUCACAUCAUCUAUUGAAACUUUUGCAGGGUAUGAAUGUCAUCCUAUUGUUUAUUUUCUUCUCAAAAUACCGAUCAAUGUAUUUUAUAAUGUAAGAUAAUGCAAAUGCCUUGUGUCUUGACCAAACAAGCUAUUUUUUCUUAAGUUAUCAAA